CUUACCGACAGUUGCGCUUUUAUCAUAGCCCAGGAGGCUGGACACAAAGACCAGACCCAUCAUCCUACCCAAUUGUCACAAUGGCAGGCAAGAAGAGAAAAGAAUCCUCGGAUGUGGUCGAUGUCCCAUCGAAGAAGAGCAAGAAGCACAAGGUUGCGGAAGAUGGCCAAACUCCCAAACCCCAAGCAUCUGAAACCGUGCCAGUUCCCGAGUCGGCUCCCACUGCAGCGACUACAUCCAAGAAGUCUCGCAAGAGAGCCGUCGACUUCAUGAACGAUGAAGACAGCCAGCCUGCCGAUACCAACCCUCCCGCCAGCAAGUCGAAGUCAAAGUCAAAGUCAAAGACCACGAUCCCCGAGCCCACUGAUACCGAGCCUCCUGAGGAUGCAGAGCCUGCUACAAAGAAAUCCAAGAAGUCCAAAAAGAAGUCACACAGCAAAGAUGAGCUUCUCUCCGCCGACGGCGUCAACGGAGUUCUCGAGCACCCUGGCCAUGAAGACUUAGAGACUGCCACUUCUCACAACCCAAUCACAACAUCUUUGCAAGCUGAGGCAGAAAGAACAGUUGAUCAUGAGCUUGCCGAGGAGUUCGGUGGUGUCUCGGAUGACGAACACGGCUCCGUUGAAGCAGACGACAAUGCUGCAGCUCUCCUCGCCGGCUUUGACAGCGAUUCUGAAGACAAUCAAGCAGACGAGCAAUUUGAUGCCACCGACCUGAAGCUAACCAAGAAGAAGAAGAAGCAAGUCAAGAAGGAGCUGGCCGCUAUCAAAGAAGCAUCCGCCAAAGACGGACCUGGAGUCGUUUACGUCGGCCGCAUUCCCCAUGGCUUCUACGAAUCUCAGAUGAGAGAGUACUUUGCACAAUUCGGCGACAUCACCAAACUGCGACUUUCGAGAAACCGCCGCACCGGUGCUUCCAAGCAUUUUGCUUUCAUCGAGUUCUCGUCUCGUGAAGUGGCCAAGAUCGUCGCAGCUACCAUGGACAAUUACAUGCUCUUCGGCCAUCUGCUCAAAUGCAAGUAUGCCGAGCCGGAUUCGCUGCACCCUGAUGUGUGGAAAGGAGCGAACAAGAAAUACCGCAAGGUGCCUCACGACAAGCUGGAACGUGAAAAACUGGCGGCUCCAAAGUCCGAGGUUGAAUGGCAGAAGAAAAUCGACAAGGAACAAAAGAGACGUGACAAGAAGGCAGCCAAGCUUGCCAAACUUGGGCUCGAGAUGCCUCAUUCGACUCUCGCCAGCCCCUCAGAUGCUCUCAAACAGCAACAGCUUCUUGACCAAGAGAUGGCCGACGGUGCGGAAGUAAUUCGCGACGCAGAACCAGCUGGCCUCCUCGAACCUCCCAACGGUCUCCCUAAGGACGAGGUCGUCAUCAAGAAGUCUGCUGAGGACGAAACUGUCAAAGACAGCAAGAAGUCCAAGAAAUCCAAGUCAAAGAAGAACAAGUCCGAUUCUGAACCCGCACCUCCCGUUGCGAAACCAGUCGAGGAAGUUGCUGUAGCCGAACCUGCACCAGAAGAGGUCUCGACCGCAGAAGCCGCCGAAGAAUUUAUUUCCCUCGCCGCCGAUGAUGAUGAGGACGACGACGACGAAGACGACGACGCCGCCGCCGCCACCAAUGGUCCCAAGGGCAAGUCAAAGAAGCCAUAUGUUAAGAAAGCCAAGAAGGAGAAGAAAGUGAAGAAACUUGCCGGCAAGGUGAAAGGACCAAAGUCUGCUAUUCUUCCAAAGGAAAAACCUACUGAGACCAAAACUACCGGCCGGUUUCCUGGGGUGCCAUUGUUGGGAAAGGACAAAUACGACAAGGCGAAACGACAGGCGUACAAAGAGGCCAAGGCUCAGGUUCAAACUCCUGCAACGGGUCGUAAAUCAAGUCGUCGAACCAGUGGUUCGAAAUGAUUGCGAUUGGAGAGGAAUCGACUCUGCAUUUGAGUCUGACAUGACUCUCAUAAGUCAUUCUCGUUUCUCCGUUGGCUCAGGGCGGAAUGUUUCGACUUGUUCAACGAACAUGGACAAAUUCGGGUGCUUGCACAGGAGACAUCGAACGGUGUCUGUAAGGCUAGGCUGUCUAUUCAUCUGUUUGAUUCUGGUCCUAACCCUGAUCAUCGACUUCGCCGUUCUAGCGAACGCAAGCCUAGUGAUGAGUUUUUCACAAGAACACGUCACUUGUGCGGGACCCCUAGGCAAUGCUAUCCUUCAUUAGGCUAGACAACAUAACUUCAUACGUCUUUCGCUCCAUGUCAUACUCUGCUUGUGAUCCCAACGCUUAACCACUGUGGUUC